AUGUCGCGCGCAAAUCAGUGGUUUGUGCCUGGUGAAGGCAUCGCGCGAGAAGUAAUCACGGCCGACAUCCAGCGCUACCUGGGCCCAGAUGCGCUCGGCCAACCUGGCUACUGGAUAACGGCCUAUCGCACCCUCACAUCGCAAAUGAUACAAGACUUGAAGAUGGAUUCCCAACGCUGGCAGCAGGAAAGACAGCCUGGCGAGACGGGCCGCGGAGGUAGCCACAGUCCACAAGUGCGCACUACAAAGGUAUCAGCCGGCCCUAACGCUUCAUUAGUGGCUUAUCAGGACUCUCGCACACAUGCUGCUCGCCAGCAUUGGGGUCCGACAAAACCUUACGAGCACGGCGCAUCGCAUGCC